GAUAAUCCAAAAUGUCGCGUAGAGAAGGGCAGCUUUUUGUUGGGAGACUCAGUAAAAGUACGAGAGUACGUGACUUAGAAGAUGUCUUCGAAGCGUAUGGUCGUCUACAAAGAUGCGAAGUUAAAUAUGGUGCUGAGAUGGCAUAUGCCUUUGUUGACUUUGAAGAUCGCAGAGAUGCAGAGCAGUGAGCGAGCCCCUGCCUUGCCAUGACUUGCCAAUGCCUGCCAAUGCCAGUACAGAUUGUGCCAAAGUCCCAUUGCCUGCCAACACCCAUAGGCAGACAGACCAUUGAACCCUAGCCAUUGGUCACAGCAUUAGCCAAUCAAAUACCAUGUACAAUACCAGUACCUCCGCCUGCCGGAGCCGGUGGGUCAGUCAGUUCAGUCACAAAUCCUCUGUCCACCAACUGACCAGUUCAAUGUGCCAAGUUAAUUCUCGUGUCCAUCCAUGUCCGACCGGUCAAUUGUCCGUCCCACCAAGGCUCCUAAGACAGACUCCAUCAGUCUGAUCCAUUCCAUGGAUGCUAUUAAGUAUGAAAAUGGUCGUGAAAUCGCAGGCUCUGGUAUCGUAGUGGAGUGGGCGAAGGGUAAUCGUAGAGGUGGUGGACCUGUUGUCAGCAGAGGCUUCGAUGACUGCUAUAGAUGCCAUAGAUCUGGACACUGGGCUAGGGACUGUCCCGAUGACCGUAACUAUGGCUUCAGACGUCCAGGGCAGUCGAGUGGACGAUACAGAUCCCCAUCACCCAGGCGGCGGAGGAGGUCAAGGUCCAGGAGUGACUCGAGAGAUAGAGAUAGGAGGAAGAGGAGGCGUUCCAGGUCACGUUCAAGGAGCAGGAGUCGUAGUAGGGACCGCAGGAGGAGGUCAAGGUCACACAGUGACAACAGAAAAAGGAGCAGCAGACGCAGAAGUCAUUCUAGAAGCAGAUCCAAGUCCAAAUCACGAAGUCGUUCAAAGAGCAAGAGUAAAUCUGUAGCCUCAAAAUCAAGGAGUCGUUCUCGGAGUGCAAGUCCAGCUCAAGCCAACGGAGAAUAUAACAGUGAUCAGUCAGCAUCCAGAUCACCAGCACGAUCAGAUACAAGUGCAUCAGAAUGAGCAUUAUCAUCAUCACAGAAUAAGACUUUUUGUCAAAUUCUGCUAUUUUUCAUUUUUCAUCAAGGAUUCAUAUUUUUUGUGGGAACCUAUCUUCAUUAUCUGAUCAUGUGUAGGAACUUUUAUGGCAGAGUGUCAUUAGACGAUCAUUAUUCCUCAAGUCUACAUAUAGUCGAGAAAUCUUCACAGAGAGUGGAUUUUUUAAAAUCAUCAUGGAUUUUUGUAACAUAGUGAACAUUGGUUUGGUUAUUGUCACUAUUUUAUGAGGUGUAAAUUAGAAUAAAACUUCUAUUAAAUUGUU